AUGGCUUGGUCUGAAUAUUUGCCGAGAUCAGUUUUCCCUGAGAAAACGACAAAGGCUCUUGAAACCGAUGAACUUGGAGACAAUUGGUACCCAGCUCAUGAAGGAGGAUUUGUUCACACCAAUAGCCUUCUUGCAAAGCGGGAACUCAAGGAUGUUUUGUUAUCUCCACUGCACAAAAUGGUUUUGGAAACUCUCUAG